AGUUAUGAGCGCUACACCGACGGGGAACGGGAGAGCUACCAAAUCGACUACCGCCGCAUUGUAGGAGACACAGAGCCAGCCAGGCCAUGGCUCUCCCCACGAGACUCGGAGCACCACUUUCACGGCCCAUUCAGCCACAACACACCACAUGGCCACGGGCAUGGGCAUGAGACAGCAGCCCAGCGCUACAGUGCCACCCGCAUCCAGGCUGGGUACGAGCCAGAGAGUAUGGCUGAUUACCUGAUCAGUGGAGGGACCGGCUACGUACCAGAAGAUGGACUCACUGCCCAACAGCUCUUUUCUAUAGGAGACGGCCUCACGUACAAUGAUUUCCUCAUCCUGCCUGGUUUCAUCGACUUCACCUCGGAUGAAGUGGAUCUGACCUCAGCCCUGACCCGGAAGAUAACCCUGAAGACGCCGCUUAUUUCAUCUCCCAUGGACACUGUGACCGAGUCAUCCAUGGCCAUUGCUAUGGCUCUCAUGGGUGGAAUUGGCAUCAUCCAUCACAACUGCACACCGGAGUUCCAAGCAAAUGAAGUUCGGAAAGUUAAGAAAUUUGAGCAGGGCUUUAUCACAGAUCCAGUGGUGAUGAGCCCUCGGCACACGGUUGGCGACGUGUUCGAGGCUAAGGUACGGCACGGCUUCUCCGGCAUCCCUGUUACCGAAACUGGUAAAAUGGGCAGCAAGCUGGUGGGAAUCGUCACGUCACGGGACAUUGACUUCCUGUCAGAGAAAGACUAUGACAGGCCAUUGGAGGAGGCGAUGACUAAGCGAGAUGAUUUAGUGGUUGCGCCAGCAGGGGUUACUCUAAAAGAGGCUAACGACAUACUGCAGCGCAGCAAGAAAGGUAAACUGCCCAUAGUGAAUGACAGCGAUGAACUGGUGGCAAUAAUUGCUCGCACCGAUCUGAAGAAAAACAGAGAGUACCCUCUGGCCUCUAAAGACUCACGUAAACAGCUGCUCUGUGGUGCCGCCAUCGGCACGCGCGAGGACGACAAAUAUAGACUGGACCUGCUCAUGCAGGCUGGAGUGGAUGUGGUGGUGCUGGUACGUCUCUUAGAGGGGGAGGACUCAUCUCAGGGAAACUCAGUGUUUCAGAUCAGCAUGAUCAACUACAUUAAACAGAAGUACCCUGAACUACAGGUGGUGGGAGGAAACGUUGUGACCGCUGCACAGGCGAAGAAUCUGAUCGACGCAGGCGUGGAUGCUCUCCGAGUGGGCAUGGGCUGUGGCUCCAUCUGCAUCACGCAGGAAGUGAUGGCGUGUGGGAGACCCCAAGGCACGUCUGUGUAUAAAGUGGCGGAGUACGCCCGCCGUUUCGGAGUGCCCGUGAUCGCAGAUGGUGGCAUUCAGACAGUUGGACAUGUAGUGAAGGCUCUCGCCUUGGGAGCGUCCACAGUGAUGAUGGGCUCCUUGCUCGCCGCAACCACAGAAGCUCCCGGUGAGUAUUUUUUCUCAGAUGGCGUAAGAUUGAAGAAGUACCGUGGUAUGGGCUCUUUGGAUGCCAUGGAGAAAAACAGCGGCAGCCAAAAACGCUAUUUCAGUGAGGGUGAUAAGGUGAAGGUAGCUCAGGGUGUAUCAGGAUCAGUUCAGGAUAAAGGCUCCAUCCAUAAGUUUGUGCCGUACCUCAUUGCUGGAAUCCAACAUGGCUGCCAGGAUAUUGGUGCAAAGAGCUUGUCCAUCCUACGCUCUAUGAUGUACUCUGGAGAGCUGAAGUUUGAGAAGAGGACCAUGUCUGCUCAGGUGGAGGGCGGCGUCCAUGGCCUUCACUCAUAUACUUUUGUGCCAUAUUGCAGUUUUCAGCCCCUGAUAAAGAGGAGAGUGAGUUGUGAGAGGCUCCUCGCUAAUCACUUGAGCACAGUUACGAGAAGCGAUUAUACUGAGGGUGGCAGCAGAGGCCAUACGACCCUAGCUGUGACCAAACACGACUGAUUCAUCAGAGCUCUCUUACAUUCCUCCUCUCCUCCCUUCUUCCUCCUGGUCAUCCUCCUCUGAAGAAACGGUGGUGUGUAUUUCCCGACCAGGUGUGUUCAGCAGCAGACGUGCAGGUAUCCUGCACUCUACCUUCGUAACACAGACAUGGACAUUGCUGUGCACUGUCGUGUGAAAACAACUGGCGCUUUAGUUUUUUUUUAUUAUUUUAUUUUAUUUGAUUUGUGUGUCUUUUUGUUUCUGUUUUCUCCGUAUAUGACAAUCCUCCCUCUUAUGUCCUAUGUAUCUUUGCCCUCACAGAAUAGUGUAACUCUCACUGCUUUUCAACUCGUGGUCAAUGUAACCAAAAUUCUUCUUGUUACAUGUCUUCUCUGUGGGCCUAGCAAUAAGCUUUAAUACUGUGCACCCGGCUGGUGUUUUGGUCACUUAUAAGGGUACAGGGCGUAAAACGAGAAUGGCAAAUGGAAGAUAAUGAGAUUUAUAUAUGAAGUACACAUUUCAAAAACCUGAUUCGGUAUGCUUUUUAGGUUCUCCAGUUAGCAGGCUUAGACUAUGGAACCAGAAGCUAAGGGGAUAGCCUUAAGUUAAAAUCAGAGAUCCUUUCCACCUGCACGCCUUACAAAUGAAAGCUAAGUGUAGUGUUACCAUGCUACACCAGAGAUACUCUGUGAUUGGAAUUAAUUUUAGCAUUUUUAAUUCAAUAUCUACACACACCUUCUUGGCCAAAUGAAAUAUCACAUAUGGAUACGAUACAAUAGUGAUAAACAAGCAGAUUUACUCAGUGGUUGCAGUUAUGAUAGAAGUGUUCAAACUUUCCAGUGUGAGUGACUUUGAUCUGAGUAGAGCAACAUUUUUGUCUUCUGUGUGUUGAAGUUUGUGACAUAAUGCUAUAUCACUGCACAGUUUCCAUUUCCUGGAAGAGUCCCAGCUCCUUUGGGGGUUUGGAUAAUAAUGUAAGACAAAAUGUUCCUUGUGUACAUUUACACUAUACAAGUGUAAUACCAAACGUGAUUAUGUGUAUGCUAUACAGUGAAUAUUAGACUUAAUUCAUUCGCAGGAAAAAUUUCAUGUAUGAAGGUGUCACCUCCGUUUGUGUGGAUGUGUUGUCUUUUUGCCUGAGUCAUUGUUUGAAUUUAGAGUGUAUAAAAUAGGUUUGCUUUACAACAGGUCCUCUUAUUUUGUCUGCGAUUGCUGGCAAGUCAGGCAGUUCCCUAAAUUUGUACAGUCUUUUGGACAAAAGAAACUGCUCAAAGAGAUCUAUUUUAUUAUAGUCCUUUAUUAUGUUCAAUGUUACUAUCUUAUUUUUGACAAUACUCUUCUUUAAAGCAUCUCACUAAAGUGAGGACCUGAAGAUCUCGCGUAGACUGAACGGGUGACUACAGGACCACAGCAUGAUGUCGGAGCAUCUCAAACAGUUACAUUUCUGUGCUAUAGCUACAUGAAGCACAAUUAGAGCUUAAAACGGUUCAGUUUUGUGGUGUAUGACCUCUAGGCAGAGGUAAUGAAAACUGAUUUUGACUAGCUUUUGCUGCUCAUGUAUUACUCUUGUACAGGAGUACUGCCCAAAGCUGUGCACUCAGCCAUGAUGUGCAAAAGGGUCACAUUUAAUAAAGAUGGUUAUGAUC